AUGAAGGUAAUAGGGGUGUUCAUCUUCUUAACCGGAUACUGUUGUGAGUCCGAAAACAGCUGGUGGUUGAGAAUUCGGCAAGCAAGGGACUGUAACAUGGCUAAGCUUGGCAAUCUGGGUUUUUGGGAUGGUUUCUCACUAAUCAAGCGUGGUAUGAAAGGAAUAUGGCUCGUUCCUCUUUGUGUUCUCGUUGUCAAACUAGCCCUGAAUCAGUUCUUCAUUUGCCACGGGACCGAAGAUCAAUUUGAUGCUGGUCAAUCACAAUUCGAUAUAUACACUGGAAACCCCAAUAACAAGGCUGGUGGAAGAUUAACGUUGAUGGGACCUCUAUUGGCAAUCCUGGAAGAGUUGGAGACGACAAUGCCGGCUACUACUCAUGGAUGGCAUGAUUGGGAAGCACGGUUGUUGGUGGAUGUUGGAUGUGGCUCGUGCAAGGCUACUACACUAGAGGAUGUCGAACGGUGA